AUGUCGAUUCCUUUCCGCCAGACCCAGCGCAAGCAGUCGCGUCAACUGUCAACAGAUCCCCGCAAUGAGCUCCACCCUCAAGUCGACCACUACAUCGGUAUCGAUGUUGGUACCGGUAGUGCUAGAGCCUGUAUCAUGAACGAUCAGGGAGACAUUGUUGGACUGGCCUCAGAGAACAUUGGCCUAUGGCAACCACAGACUGGCUACUAUGAACAAUCCACAACAGACAUCUGGCGAUGCAUCUGCUCCUCAGUCCGCCGAGCCAUGGAUCAGCACAACAUCGACUCAAGCACUAUCCGUGGUAUCGGUUUCGAUGCGACCUGCUCGCUUGCAGUAUUCAGAGACGACACAGAUGAGCCUGUCGCCGUCACUGGACCAAACUUUGACAACAAGGACGGCAACGACCGCAACGUCAUUCUGUGGCUCGACCACCGACCUGUUGAGGAAACAAACAAGAUCAACGCCACCAAGCACAACCUGCUUCGCUACGUCGGAGGCAAGAUGUCCAUCGAGAUGGAGAUCCCCAAGGUAUUGUGGCUGAAGAACAACAUGCCGAAGGAGCUAUUCGAUCGUUGCAAGUUCUACGAUCUGACCGAUGCUCUCACACAUCUGGCUACCGGCAGUGAGAGCAGAAGCUACUGCAGUGUGGUCUGCAAGCAGGGAUUUGUACCUGUUGGAGUCGAUGGUAGUGUCAAAGGCUGGCAGGAAGACUUCCUCAAGGAGAUCGGCCUCGAAGAUCUAUGCGAAGACAACUUCAAGCGCAUGGGAGGCGUUGACAAUGUGAACGGACGCUACCUCACUGCGGGCGAGCUCGUCGGCACACUCAGCGAGAAGGCGGCACAGGAGAUGGGUCUGCAACCCGGUAUUGCAGUCGGAAGUGGAGUCAUCGACGCCUACGCUGGCUGGAUCGGUACCGUUGGCGCCAAAGUCAAGCUCGAUGGGGAUACUCUUGACAUGGACCAGCCCAAGAACGAUGUUUCGCAAGCCUUCACGCGUCUCGCAGCCGUAGCUGGAACAUCGACCUGCCACCUUGCCAUGUCACGCGAGCCCGUCUUCGUCGACGGUGUCUGGGGUCCAUACCGAGACGUCCUUUUACCAGACUACUGGAUGGCAGAAGGAGGACAAAGUGCGACAGGUGAACUACUCAAGCAUGUUAUUGAGACACACCCAGCCUUCAACGAAGCCGUGUCCGUCGCUGAAACGUACAACACCAACAUCUACGACUACCUCAACGAACAUCUCCGCGAGAUGGCAGACGCGGAGAAAGCCCCACACAUUGCCUGGCUUGGACGUCACUUCUUCUUCUAUGGUGACCUCUUCGGCAACCGCUCCCCUAUCGCCGACCCCAACAUGAAGGGAUCUGUCAUCGGUCUGAGCUCCGACAAGAGCCUCGACGGCCUGGCACUAUACUACUACGCGACCAUGGAGUUCAUUGCCCUUCAGACACACCAGAUUGUUUCUGCGAUGAACGCCUCCGGCCACGUCAUCUCUUCCAUCUUCAUGUCCGGUUCACAGUGCCAGAACAGUUUGCUGAUGCAGCUCAUGGCCACUGCGUGCGACAUGCCGGUCCUGAUUCCACGAUACGUACACGCAGCUGUAGUGCACGGCGCGGCUAUGUUGGGUGCAAAGGCGGCCAGUACCGACAAGGACGGAAACAGCGAGCCGCUCUGGGAUAUCAUGGACAGACUGAGCAAGCCCGGUAAGACCGUGAAGCCACUGGCUGAUAAGACGGUCAAGAAGCUAUUGGACGCCAAAUACAAGGUGUUCUUGGAGCAGUGUGAGGGCCAGCAGAGGUACAGGAAGGAGGUCGAUGCCGCCAUUGAAGGAUGGGCUAGCAAGUAA